UAGAUGGGUGCCUUUUGCGAAUAAGAACCUUCUUAUAUUGUAACUGAAGUGCUACUUAUAUGUAUACUUUGAUUAUCGACCAUCGAAGGUGUGCGCAAUAAGCGUCUUUAUCCAGUUAUCAUGUCAUGUUGCUUAUCAGAAGAUCAGAAGGAAAGCAGGCGAAUAAACAAGGAGAUUGAGAAAAUUAUCAAAGCUGACAGAAAAAAAAUGGACUAUGUUAUUAAACUCUUAUUGCUGGGUACGGGUGAAUCAGGAAAAACAACGUUUCUCAAACAAAUGCGCAUUAUAAAUGGAGAUAAGUUUUCGGACGAAGAGAAGCUUAGCUACACUAAGAAUGUGUACCGAAACAUAUUCAUGGCUAUGCAGUCAAUGAUCAAGGCUAUGGAAGAACUUGAAAUACCCUAUAGUGAUGUUGAAAAUAUUGAUCGCGCUGAGCUCAUUUCGUUAAUUGAUUGUGGCACAAUCGAAACCUUGAAAGAUCCCUUUUUGAGUGCCAUUAAAUAUCUUUGGAAGGAUUUUGGCAUACAGAAGUGUUACAGUCGUCGAAAAGAAUAUUAUUUAAUAGAUUCUGCAGAAUACUUUCUCUGUGAAAUAGAACGAAUUGAAAAGACGGAUUAUAUACCGAGUGAACAGGAUAUUUUGCGAGUACGUUCAGCGACAACUGGAAUCAAUCAAUACGAUAUUGAAAUGGAUCGAUUUGUACUCCGUAUGGUUGAUGUAGGUGGACAACCUGCGGAACGAAAGAAAUGGAUCCAUUGCUUCGAGAAUGUAAACCUUAUAAUAUUUUUGGUGUCAAUUUCCGAGUACGAUCAAAAUUUGCCUGAAUCCGAAAAUGUUAAUAGAUUGGAGGAAUCGAAAGCUCUUUUUAAAACCAUAGUUAAUUCCCACUGGUUCCAAAAAUCAGCGUUUGUUCUGUUUCUUAACAAGAUAGAUCAGUUUGAGGAGCAAAUCAAAGAUCAAGACAAACAAUUGGUGAAAUUUUAUCCUCUGUAUGGCGGGCCGAAGGGCGAUUCAAAUGCAGCCCGUGACUUCAUUCGAAGCAUGUUUCUUAGUUUGAACAACGACUACGAGAGGGACCUCUAUUGUCAUUACACAUGCGCUACGGAUACUUCUAACAUAACACUCGUCUUCGCCGCUGUAAAAGAUACAAUUAUGAGAACUUUAUUAGAAACCAUAAACUUAUAAUAAAAUAAUAAUUUAUUUAUGUAUCCAUUCCAUUAGUAAUCUAUGUACUUGUAAUUUCCAUAGUUGAAAUAAAUAAUAUAAAAUCAAAUGGAUUCUGGUUAUACAGCGUUUUCAACGCCCUUAUUCGUUUUAAUCAUUAAGUUCUUAGGUCUGGUCAUACUUUUCGAUUUUAAAAUUUAUACUCGAUGAAUUUACUAGGCUAAACUUUUGCAGCCCUCGCCUACAAACACAAGUAAAAAAAUCUUUUGGUAUAUUGAAAUAUGCAACUUGUUUGCAAAAUUUUUUAUAUAAAUUAAAAGACUACGGAAAAAUAUAAUGAUUCAAUCAAUAUUUCAAUUCGUAACACCCCUAGUUCAUGGAAAAAUCACGAAAAAAUGCCAUUUGAAAAUGUGCGCUCUUUUUUGGUAUACUUUUUGUCGUAAAAUAGAAUAUGCUUAAACUGAAGAUGCGGUCACGCGCUGGAAAAUGUAAACGUAUGACGUCAAAAAUUUUGCGCAGUCUAAAUUGCGCAUAUUUAAGCGCCACCUUUUCCACUGCAUACCGGAAAAUAAACAAAUACAAGAAGCAUAAAGUAUGCAGAAAAUUAAAUACAAAAAGGGGCUUUUAAGUUUUGCGUGUGAAUGAAAUUCGAAAACUCAAGGGAGCAGGAAGCGAACGAAAAACAUAACCAUUGUGCUCGCUCGUCGUCAUAUACAGUUUCUGUUCUCAAUCACCUAACUAACGAUUAUUACAAAUCUUCGUUGCAUUUAUAAACUGCUGGUAAAUAAAAACGAAACGAAAUAACGCGAAAAGCGCGAAUAGUGGAAUAACACGACAAAAAAGAAAAAAGUUUACAAGCAAAUGCAUCAGUAAAUAAUAUAGAAUAAUAC